AUGGCGACGGCGCUGACGACGAUGGAGGGCGAGAUGGUGCUGCUCGCCAUGCUGCCGCGGGACGACCGCGUGAUGCUGGUGCAGACGCCGCGCCUGCGCACGAUCGCGAACCUGGAGGACUUCAUCGUGGACGAGUUUGCGCGCGUGUUCCCGCACCUGCCGGCGCUGAGCCGCGACCUGCGCAUCCAGAAGUGCGUGUCGCUCGAGCUGGUGGUGGACCGCCGCGCACACGCCAAGGUACGCCAGCAGUCGCCGCACUGCUUCGUGGACCUGGCCAAGAACGUGCAGGCCGGCAACGUGUUCACGAACAUGGAGCAGAUCUACGUCGUGAUGAACGAGGCUGCUCCCUCCAAGCACAAGGCAAAGGCGCUGCAGACGCAGACGCAACAGCCGAAGCAGAUCGCGGCCGGAGCUCCCAGCGACAAGACGAGCGAGAUGGUUAAUCUCUACUACGGCGCGGAGGCGAAGACUGCCACUCCGACCAAGAAUUCCUCUGCUGCGGCAGCUCCGGACGCUAAGAAGAAGAAGAAGGACGUCGAGAAGCAGACGAAGAAGAGUGAGACGGAAAAGAAGACGGCCACGAAGAAGCAGGUUGCGGACAAGGCCAACCACGACACCAAGAAAACUGCUGCGAAGGAGAAAUCCGACGCGAAAAAAGCUGCUGCCAAGGUGAAGCACGACGCGAAGAAGGCUGUUGUUAAGGCUACUAGUGAUGCGAAGAAGCUGGCCGAGAAGAAGGAGUCCUCGAAGACGGACGCGACGAAGGUGAACGCCGACGCUACGCAGCCCACUGUCGUAGCGGAGAAGGCACCGACGCCUGCCGCCGCCACUGAGAACGCUGGUGUCGAGAAGCCCGCUGCGGCCAAGGAGGCACCUGCUAAGAAAACGACGAAGAAGGCCGCUACGAAGGAGAAUACUGAAGUGAAGACCCCCGCCGAGGCAAAGGAGAAGCCCGCAAAAAAGGUGUUGAAGAAGGCGACGAAGGAGGAAGCUGCCACCAAGACGCCCGCUGCCGCAAAGGUGGAGCCUGUGAAAAAGACUGCUAAGAAGGCCGCCCCGAAGGUCACUACGAAGGAGGACGCCGACACUAAGACGCCUGCAGCGGCAAAAGAGGAGCCUGUGAAAAAGGCUCCGAAGAAGGCUGCCCCGAAGAAAAGCGAGAACGCCCUCCUCAUGCAGAUGCGGGCGGCCAAGCACAGUGCUGCCGAGUCGGGUGCUGCGUUGGUUGUGGAAUCUCUUAAGAAUGCUGGAGCCAAUGCUGCGGCAAAGACGACUCAGCCUAAAAGCGAGAAGACACGCAAGGCCAGCGAAAAGGAUGCUGCUGUCACUGAUGGUAGCAAUGCGUCGGAAGCCCAGGAGCCGCCAGCGAAGAAGAAGAAGACCUCUUCGAAGGCGGAAGCCAAGCAAGCCGAGUCUUCGAAAUCUGCCGAGGUUAAGCAAGUGAAAACCAAGGCCGAAAAACCAGCAAAAAAGAAGGCAACCAAGGCUGAGAAGGCGGUGGAACAAGCCGAACCGAAGACGAAGACCGUGAAGAAGAAGGCUGCCGCCAAGUCGCUGAUUAAUCAGGCGGAUGACUCGUCGACUGCUAGCGAGUCGACUCCCGUGAGUCGCAAGCCCAAGAAGAAAAUCGACACCGAGACUGACGACGUUGAGAAACCGGCGACAAAGCGUGCAAAGAAGGAGGCAUCGCCUAAGACCGCAGCGCCGAAGAAAGCGAAGCCUGCAAAGCAGGUCGAAACCCCGGUGGUUGCUGAGGCUAAGCCUAGCACAAGUUCCAGCUCUUCUGGCUCAUCGACUCAGGGAGACGAAGCCUCCGGCGAAGAUGCUGAAAUGCCCGAGACUCCUGCUGCUAAAGUUCCUGCUAAGGUGAAAGAAUCCCCGAAGGAAACUGCCAAGCUGAAAUUCCAGUCGGCCUUGGCAGCGAAGGUGACGACCAUCGAGAACGAGAAAAAGGCUAAAGCUGAGAAGGUUUCUCCGACCGCCAAAGCCGAGACCGUGAAUUCUUCCGAGAGCACAGCCAGCGAAUCGUCUUCUGACUCCGAUCAAGCACCUGCGGCGGUUGUUGUGAAGCCAACCAAGCGCUCACCCAAGAACGUCGCCCCAGUUGAAAGUAGCUCGUCCUCUUCGUCGUCGGAUGAGGAAGAGCUGGAUUACUCGCAGAGCCUUCUGGCAGACUUGACCAAGAACGGUUAG